AUGAGUUUCCAUGGCUGCCUGCGAAUUUUCCUGUUCGGUGCCAAUGUAUUGGCAGGCCUGCUUCUAGUGACGUCAGUCGCUGCCAGUGAGGCUCCCGUCUAUCAACCCGUUCCCAUUGCCGUUGCGCCGACGUCCGAAACCGUGGUCCGGCCGGAACAACUGCCCCCGUAUGGCGGCGUCGGAGCGGACUCCGCGGCGGAAGUGAACGCCUUCGUGGCCGCCGACAUCAUCAACCUCGACCGGGAGGGUGCGGUCAGCUUCAUACCGCGCCGGGACAUCCGCUACCAGCGGGCCGUUCCCCCGGAGUACGCCGGAGCGUCCGCCCUGCCGCACUGCGAAUCGUUCACCAUGGGCGAUCCGGACCUGAAGACGCUCUACAAUCCGGGCUGGCCGGGCAACUACCCGAACAACAGCGACUGCGUGGUGGUGCUGGAGGCACCGGUCGGUUUCCUGGUGCGGCUCGACUUCCGGGACCACUUCUACAUAGAACCAUCGGAGGACUGCAAGUACGACUAUCUCGAGGUUCGCGAUGGUGCGCACGGGUUUUCCACCCUGAUCGGUAAGUACUGCGGUCAGACCUACCCACCGAUGAUCACCUCCAAGGAGCGCUUCCUGUGGCUGCACUUUCACUCGGACGAGAACAUCGAGUACCAGGGGUUUGUCAUCGUGUACGACUACGUUCCGCGCCCCACCUCGUCAGUCUACGACGAUGAGAGCUGCCGGAUGGAAGUGUCCGGCAUGGAAGGGUUCAUCAACCGAACGGACGUGCCGCGGGAAAAGCAGCAGACCGUGAUCGAGCAUGGGCUUUCGCUCGACUGCAUGUGGGUGGUGACGGUGGCCGAGGGGUGGAAGAUUCAACUUUCGUUCCUCAAGUUCAAGUUGGAGCGACCGAACGACUGCGAGAGCAACUUUGUGGAUGUGUUCACCGAACGAACGGAUUUGCCAUCGAGACUGAAAAACUUUUGCGGCUCUAUUGCGGACUCGGUCGUGUCGCGCACGAACGUCCUACACAUCCGGUUCUUCGCCGAGGCGGCCGCCAUCAACUCGACCUUCUCCAUCCUGUUCACCGCAUACCGGGAGAAGGCCGCUGGUGAAACCUGCGAGGACAACGAGUACGACUGUGAGGAUGCGACGUGCAUCGAUGAAAAGCUGCGGUGUAAUGGACGCAUCAACUGUCGCUUCCGGUGGGACGAGGACGAGUGUCAGAAACAAGUGGCAGCCCAAUCCGAGCAUGUCAUCAUCAUCGUGAUCGUGUUCGGGCUGAUCCUUGGCGGUAUGAUCGUGCUGUUCCUGUUCAACUGCGUGCGCAAGAUCAUUCGCGACCAUAAGAUCAUCCGGGAGCACAUCCGGCAGUCGCGGGAAAGCAAGCUGAACGAGCUCGGGCGCCAUUCGACGAAGAAGUUGGUCGACCUGGACAUAACCAAGCUGCCACCGCCCGCCUUUGACAAGGAUCCGAUCAACGUGCUCGAGGGAGGGAGCACGACGAACGUAGGCAGCGGUCAGUACUACCGGGAUAUGGCCGUGGGUAGUGUCGGGAGUGGAAGUGCCGGCAGUGGAGGAGGGAACGCUGGAAGCCACAUGUUCAGUAGCCGGAUAGACAUCAAAGCGGAUCCGCAGGAUAUUUUGCGAGGGAGCUACCACGAGGAUCCGUUGUCGCGAUCCGGAACUCUUGGGCGCGACGGUGGAGCAAUGUGUGAUAUGGCGUGUCAAACUAGGGAAUCACUGUUUCAGCCAGUGUUUAAGAAUAAGGUAAACCAAUCACCCAACCAGCUACAAAACAGCAUACGCUUCUCCACAUUCGGCUACGAGAGCCAACAACAGCAGCAACAGCAGCAGCAACAGCAGCUCGAACAGCAGCAACUUCCCUCGGUGACACCACCACCCCCGAGGGUGAAACACCACCAUCAUCAUCACCACCAUCACCACGGGGGGACGCUUGACGGCGGAACCGGUGCCAAGAGCUCCAAGGUGAGCCGGAUCGAGCUGGAGGACCUUUCGCCACCGGGCUCGGGCGGCUACGAAGACCGUGGGGUCGGUGGAGACGAACCGCACCAUGGAAGCGGUGGCCAUUCCCAUUCCCACACCCACGGUCACACCCACACACACCCGCACCCGCAUACACACCAUCAAAAAAUCAUCCUCGAACGAAACCUAGCGGACGGGAGUGGAGGUGGUGGUGGUGGUGGUGGUGGUGGCGGGGCAGGCGGUGGCGGAGGCACGGCCCGGUCGAACGGUGGUUCCUACGGGGCCGACAUCCGGAAGUCCGCACCGGAUGUCAUCAUCAUGACCUCGUCCCAUUGA